AUGGAGGAGGGAGAGACUGUUGCAGAAUUUCAUGCCAAAUUAUGUGACAUUUCAAAUGAGUCAUAUGCCCUUGGAAAGACCUACUCAAACACGAAGCUUGUCAGAAAGGUUCUAGCUGUCUUACCAAGAGCUUUUAAAGCUAAAGUUACAUCUAUUGAAGAGGUACAUGAUGUUGAAGAACUGGAUCUGGAUGAGCUGAUAGGUUCUUUACAAAACUAUGAGAUGACUUUAAAACGAUGGGGAAAAGAGAAGGAUAAGGGCAGCAACAGUCUUGCUUUCGUACACAAAGAGGAGGUAGAGAAAGGUGAUAUGCUAGAUGGCCUGACUGAAGAUAAAGUGGCAUUUCUUACGAAAAACUACGCCAAGUUCUUGAAAAGAAAUAUGAGGAGAGGAAAUCUUGGUGGAAAAGAAAAUGGUCCCAAAAAGAUUAUGCCCUUUAAUCAAAGAUCUGUGACUUCACAGGAAAGGAAAAAUAGAGAAAUUCGUUGUCGUGAAUGUGAUGGGUUUGGUCACAUUCAAGCUGAAUGUGCCAAUACUCUAAAGAAGAAAAAGGCUAUGGCAGUAACGUGGAGUGACAGUGAUGAAGAGAAAGAAGAAUCUUGCAGUGAACAGUCAGAUCAAGAUAAAUGCGUGGUUGCUUUUAUGGCCUCAUCAAAUUGUAAGGAUGAAAGUGAGAAUGAUGAGUCUGGAGAAUCUAAUGUGGAAAGUCUGGAUCAACAAUCUGCUUAUGAACAAAUGUAUGAUCAAUGGGUGACUAUGAUCAAGAAGGUAAAGCAGGUUGAAGGAAGAAAUCAAGAAUUAAUUCUGAGUAAUAAAAAUCUUGAGGGAAAAGUCAAAAGAUUACUAAGGGAGAUUGACGAUAAGAAUGUGCAGUUGCAGGCCUUAUUUUUUGAAGCUUUGAAAGUUAAAAAACCUCGUGAUGAAUUAGGAGCAGAGGGGUUUCGAACCAAGGUAAGGUUUUUAAACAAAUGCGGAAAGGAGAGAAUGAUUGAUGAUCCCUCUUCUUCCAAAAGCCGUCAGUCAAAUGCAAGUUUAUCUACAAAUCUUCAGACUCAAGAAGAUGAAUCCUGGAGCAGGCCAAGUUUGCAAAAAAAUUUCACUAGUGGAAGAUUUGUUCCAGUCUGUCACUUCUGCAACAAACGAGGUCAUAUACGCCCAAAGUGUUUCAAGUUACAGAACUAUCUCCAAAAGUUAGUUGAGAGAAAGGAGGGAUUGAAGUCCUCAGAGAAGAUUGUUCAUGUUCCCUUUGACAUCUGUCCUAACACAAGUUCUGAGGAUACAAAAGCUUGUGUGGCUCAUAUAUCUCUGUCUGCAUUUAAGGAUGACCAGUGGUAUUUUGAUAGUGGUUGUUCUCGACACAUGACUGGAAACCGGCACCUAUUGAUCAACUAUCAAGAUAAGAUAGAAGGAGCUGUUACAUUUGGUGAUGCAAACAAAGGUGCUAUUCAAGGAAAAGGGGAACUUCUUUUGAAGAAUCUUCCAUCUUUAAAGGAUGUUCUGUACGUUGAGGGGCUGAAAGCAAACUUGAUCAGUAUAAGUCAGCUGUGUGAUUCGGGUUAUUUGGUGAAUUUUUCUAACAGCUGUUGUUCUGUUGUUUCGUCAGAUGGAAGAAUGGUCUUAACAGGCAAAAGAUCAAUUGACAACUGCUAUAAGCUAGACAGUGAAGUUCUGUGUAAUAGAACUAUUCUCGAAAAAUUUGAUUUGUGGCAUCAUAGAAUGGGUCAUCUAAACUACCGAGACCUGCAGAAAUUGAUCAAGCUCAAGGCAGUUAGGGGAGUUCCAGAGUGUAAAGUCAGUCGAGAAAAGGUUUGUGCACCUUGUCAAUUGGGUAAACAAACAAGGGUCUCUCAUCCUACAGUGAAGUUUCUGCAGACUUCAAGAGUUUUAGAACUAUUACAUGUGGACUUGAUGGGACCAAUGCAAACAGAGAGCAUUAGUGGGAAAAGAUAUGUGAUGGUGUGUGUAGAUGACUAUUCCAGAUACUCAUGGGUAAAUUUUAUCCGAGAAAAGUCUGAUACAUUUGGAGUUUUUUCUGCUCUUGUCCUUAAACUUCAAAAUGAAAAACUCCAAAAGGUUAUGAAAGUUCACAGGGUACGAAGUGACCAUGGGAAGGAAUUUGAGAAUAGUCUUUUUGCUGAAUUUUGUGAUCAUCUUGGUAUUGCUCAUGAGUUCUCCGCUCCUAAAACUCCUCAACAAAACGGUGUGGUUGAAAGAAAAAAUAGAACUCUUCAAGAGAUGGCUCGGGUAAUGCUCUGUGGGAAGAAGAUUGCCACUCGUUUUUGGGCAGAGGCAGUAAAUAUCGCUUGUUAUAUUAGCAACCGAGUUCAUCUCAGAACAGGGACAACUCAGACUGCCUAUGAAAUUUGA